CGUCCUGUGUGCAAAAGCCAUUACCCUCCUUCCUCAGCUUGGCUUCAAUCCUCACGCCCGCACACACCGUCCUUUAAGUCCGUGCCCUGACUUAAGUACAUUUGUCAAUAUAUUAACGUAAGAAAUUCUCACGAACUCCCAUCGUUGAGAAUUAAUAACUACGCGUUUGCGAGUAAAAAAUCGUUUUUAAUCCCUUCAACUCCUACCAGUUAACUUAUUUUUUUGCCAGAAAAUGGAGUGUAAACAAUCAUCGACCAGUGACAAAAAAAACGAAAAAUUGCAUAAAAGACGAAAAAUUAAGAAAUUUAAAGAGUCAUGGUUAGACAAUGAAAUAUUCAAGGGCUGGUUAACGUACCACUUGGACGGUAAGAGAGCUUAUUGUACUGCUUGCGAUAAAAUUCUUGUAUGUGGUAAGUCUGAGUUAAUGAGGCAUGCAGAUCGGAAGGUCCAUGCUUAUAAUAUAAAUAGACAAAAAGCACGAAAAGUUAAUCAACCGACUUUGUUGCCUGCUACAGAAAAUAUAGACUAUUUGGAAAAAGUAAAGGAAGCCGAAAAUAAAUUAAUAACAUUUUAUGCGGAAUAUGAUAUAGCUCUAGAUUCAUUAGGUCAUAUGAUUCGUUUCUUACAAGAAAUUUGCAUAUAUCCAGAGAUAACAAGUGACAUUGCAUUGUCACGCAGAAAAUGUACACAACUUAUAAAAAAUGUGAUUGGUAAACACGCAACUGAAAAUACGAUUGAAAAUUUAAAACAACAAAAAUUUUCGGUUAUAAUCGAUGAGAGUAUAACUGUUACAAAUGAUAAAAUUCUUUCUAUACUUGUUAAAUAUGUUGAUCGGAACACUAAGAAAUCUAAUACAGAGUUGUUAGAAUUAAUAAAGUUAGAUGUAAAAGAUUGUUCUGCCAAUGACAUUUAUUUAGCAUUUAAAAAUUGUUUAGAAAGUAAAGGAAUUCCAUUAAAAAAUAUUGUGGGAAUGGCGUGUGAUGCCAAUAACGCAUCUGAAAUGGUUGAGAAUUAUAAUUCUUUUAUUAAUAAAUUAAAAACAGAAAUACCAACUCUUAUAUUGCUUAAAUGCAUGUAUCAUUCCUCGGCAUUUGUUGCUAGCAAAGCUUUCUCAAAAUUACCGAAAUCUUGUGAACAUGUGUUGUAUGCAAUUGCUAAAUACGACUCCAACAAUGCAAACGAGUCAAUUGUUCUACGUGAAUAUCAACUAUUUUUCAGCAGUGAAUUGAAUAAAGUAUCAAAGUCAUCAGCUAUAAAAUCGCCUGAUAUCUUACAAAAACUUAUCAUUAAACUUCUUGAUAAUUGGGAGAAUUUAAUAGAGUACUUCUAUAUAGAGAUUUCUGAAAAAAAUAAAUUAGCUCAAGAUAUUUAUAAAAUUUUAAAAGAUGAUUACAUUAAAGCUUAUAUGUUGUUCUUAAAAUACUCUUUGCAUUUUUGUAAUAAUUUUAAUACGUUAUUUCGAUCUAGAAAAAUCUUAAUUCAUAAAUUGUCCGAAUGUAGUAACCAGUUAAUAAGACAAAUAGGACAAAAUUUUUUAUUACCUGCCAGUUUACAAAAUAUUUCUUUAGAUAUUAUUAAUUCGCGAAAUUUUUUGUCUUUUAAUGAAUUAUAUUUUGGUUCUGAAUGCGAAAUGUUUUUGCAAAAUAAAAAACCUAAGUUCAUAGAAGAAGUAAAAUUAAAAUGCUUAGAUUUUUAUGUUUCAGCUACAGAAGAAAUGAUAAAAUUAUUGCCUUUUAACAAUGUAGUUUUUGAUGGUUUAAAAUUUUUGGAUCCUAAAUUUGCUUUGAGUUAUAAAGAAAGAAGUACGAUUAAAGAUUUGACUAAUAUUGCUACAUAUCUUGGAACAUACGAUAUGACAACUUUAGCUUUUGAAUGGAGAGUGUUGCCAAUUAUGUUUAGUAACACUGAUAAGAAUAUGCUGGCUACUUUAGAAUUAGAUGUCAUGUGGAAAAAAAUUUUUGAAACAAAAAAUUUCACUGGUCAACCAAUGUUUCCGAACUUGGAAAAGUUAGUUCAAGCAGCACUUUCACUUCCACACUCAAAUGCUGAGGCUGAACAAAUAUUUUCUAUAGUAACGAAUGUAAAGGAUAAAAAGAGAAAUCGAAUAAGUUUUAACAAUCUUAACGCUAUAUGUAAAUAUCGAUCAUCUAUCCAAAAAAAAAAUGUAGAUUAUCAUAGCUUUCCUGUGGAUGCAAGACACUUAGAACUACAUAAUGCUUACAAUGUAUAUUAUGUAUAAUAUUGUUGUAAUGGAAAUCUAAUUAUAUCGAUCUUGUUAAAUCUACUUGUUAAAUAUGUUGAUCGUAACACUAAGAAAUCUAAUACAGAGUUGUUAGAAUUAAUAAAGUUAAAUGUAAAAGAUUGUU